AUGGACAAGGAUAAGGUCAUCGUUCCAAUAAAUUUUGGUGAUUUGCCUAUGAGUUCACUGGUUUGUAAUUCAAAACCUGAACCAGUACAUGCUGAAGUAGCUGAGGUAAAUGAAAACAAGGGAGGUGAUUGUGAUUCCUCAUCUACCAGCUUUUCACAUGGGAAGAAAGUGUAUACCGACUAUUCUGUUAUUGGCAUAUCUGGAGAUGGAAGAUGUUUGUUUCGCUCUGUUACUCAUGGAGCUUGUUUGCAAUCUGGAAAGCCUGCUCCAAAUGAGACCCUUCAAAGGGAACUAGCAGACGAAUUACGAGCUAGAGUGGCAGAUGAAUUUGUAAAAAAGCGGAGAGAGACAGAAUGGUUCAUAGAAGGUGACUUUGACACCUAUGUUUCACAAAUGAGGAAGCCUCAUGUGUGGGGAGGUGAGCCUGAAUUGUUAAUGGCUUCUCAUGUUCUCCAACUCCUCUUUGUAGUAGAAGUGAUUAAUGUCACUAAGACAGAGUGGCAAGACUUCAUUAAUUCUCAUGAUUGCAGGAUGCCAAUCACAGUCUACAUGAACGAUAAGGAUUCUGGUGGUCUGAUAUCCAUUGCAGAGUAUGGGCAGGAAUAUGGCAAGGAUAGUCCUAUCGAAGUCUUGUAUCAUGGUUUUGGUCAUUAUGAUGCAUUGCAGAUUCCUGGUAACAAGGGUGCAAGAUCAAGACUCUAG